UUAAGCUCGGGGCUGCGGGGCGCGCUCAGGGCUUCCCUCCGCCUGCCAGCUCCGGACGCCUCUCAGCUGCCGCUUGCACAGCCGACUUUCCCGAGGACCCACGCAGCCACCAGCCAGCCAAAAUGCCCAAGCCAAUCAACGUCCGGGUGACCACCAUGGAUGCAGAGCUGGAGUUUGCCAUCCAGCCAAACACCACCGGGAAACAGCUAUUUGAUCAGGUGGUAAAGACGAUCGGCCUCCGGGAGGUGUGGUACUUUGGCCUCCAGUAUGUGGACAAUAAAGGAUUUCCUACCUGGUUGAAACUUGAUAAAAAGGUGUCUGCACAAGAGGUUCGGAAGGAGAACCCCGUCCAGUUCAAAUUCCGGGCCAAGUUCUACCCCGAGGAUGUGGCCGAGGAGCUCAUCCAGGACAUCACGCAGAAGCUGUUCUUCCUCCAGGUCAAGGAGGGGAUCCUCAGCGACGAGAUCUACUGCCCCCCGGAGACAGCUGUGCUCCUGGGGUCCUACGCGGUGCAGGCCAAGUUCGGAGACUAUAACAAGGAGAUGCACAAAUCCGGCUACCUUAGCUCUGAGCGACUGAUCCCCCAGAGAGUCAUGGACCAGCACAAGCUCUCCAGGGACCAGUGGGAGGACCGGAUCCAGGUGUGGCACGCGGAACACCGAGGGAUGCUCAAGGACAGCGCUAUGCUGGAGUACCUGAAGAUUGCCCAGGACCUGGAAAUGUAUGGGAUCAACUAUUUCGAGAUCAAAAAUAAGAAAGGAACAGACCUUUGGCUUGGAGUUGAUGCCCUUGGACUUAAUAUUUAUGAGAAAGAUGACAAGUUGACCCCGAAGAUCGGCUUCCCUUGGAGUGAAAUCAGGAACAUCUCUUUCAAUGACAAAAAGUUUGUCAUCAAGCCCAUCGACAAGAAGGCACCUGACUUUGUGUUCUACGCCCCGCGCCUGAGAAUCAACAAGCGGAUCCUGCAGCUCUGCAUGGGGAACCACGAGCUGUACAUGCGCCGCAGGAAGCCCGACACCAUCGAGGUGCAGCAGAUGAAGGCCCAGGCCCGGGAGGAGAAGCACCAGAAGCAGCUGGAGCGACAACAGUUGGAAACGGAGAAGAAGAGGAGAGAGACGGUGGAGAGAGAGAAGGAACAGAUGCUGCGGGAGAAGGAGGAGCUGAUGCUUCGGCUGCAGGACUAUGAGCAGAAGACCAAGAGGGCCGAGAAAGAGCUCUCUGAGCAGAUCGAGAAGGCCCUCCAGCUGGAGGAGGAGAGGAAGCGAGCCCAGGAGGAGGCUGAGCGCUUGGAGGCCGACCGCGUGGCCGCCCUGCGGGCCAAGGAGGAAUUGGAGAGACAGGCUCAGGAUCAGAUAAAGAGCCAGGAGCAGCUGGCGGCAGAGCUGGCAGAGUACACCGCCAAGAUCGCGCUCUUGGAGGAGGCUCGGAGGCGCAAGGAGGACGAGGUGGAGGAGUGGCAGCAUCGGGCCAAAGAAGCCCAGGACGACCUGGUGAAGACCAAGGAGGAGCUGCACCUGGUGAUGACGGCCCCCCCACCCCCGCCCCCGCCCGUGUACGAGCCGGUGAAUUACCACGUGCAGGAGGGGCUGCAGGAUGAGGGUGCAGAGCCCAUGGGCUACAGCGCUGAGCUCUCCAGUGAAGGCAUCCUGGACGACCGCAAUGAGGAGAAGCGGAUCACUGAGGCCGAGAAGAAUGAGCGUGUGCAGCGGCAGCUGCUGACCCUGAGCAACGAGCUGUCCCAGGCCCGGGAUGAGAACAAGAGGACCCACAAUGACAUCAUCCACAACGAGAACAUGCGGCAAGGUCGGGACAAGUACAAGACGCUGCGGCAGAUCAGGCAGGGCAACACCAAGCAGCGGAUCGACGAGUUCGAGGCCAUGUAAAGGCCCGGCCACGCCAGGCCACACCACGACCAAGGGUGGAGGGCGCCUCACAGCAGGGUGUGUCACACUUGGCUCUUUAGUACUCUUAAGUCUAGAAACCCCCUUGACAGGUUCCUGUCCCUUAAAGAGCAGUUACGGGGCAGCACUGUUCUGCACCAGGCCCCCGUGGAGCCCCCCUGGCUACUUCCACUUAUACCAUAGUGCCAAACAGGCCAGAUUUCCAUGACAGUUACUGAGUCACUUCCUGUUUGCAGCAGGAUUGAUUGCAGUGGAUUCGGAUGCCUCUAAAGUCUAAGGAACUUCAAGCUGGCCCGUGUGACACAGGUACAUUAUCAUUAGGGACCACACUGUGGCUUACACAUGGGUGCCAUACUUUCUCUAGUUUUGAAAUGAGCUCAAAUCGAUUAUGUUCUUAAUUUCUAUGAAGGAUCCAUCUCUGUGUUUUUUUGCGGGGGGUUGAAAAUGAUUUUGCAGUGUGAGUCUAAAGCACGCUCCCCCGCACAGUUUUCUUCCUGCACACCACUGACCGAGUGUACGGCGGUCCUUCAGAGUGUACGGUACAGGACCCUCCGAUACAAAACUGUUUUCAUGCUUACUGUUAGCAUACAUUGUUGGACUUAUAUACCUAAUGAUUUGCUAUAGAGAAUAGUAUUUAUAUAAGUGAUAAUAUGGGUUUGUAACAUUAGUUUUAAAAAGGGAAAGUUUUGUUCUGUAUAUUUUGUUACCUUUUACAGAAUAAAAGAAUAUUAAGAACCAUGUAACCGAGACACUUGAUCUGACAUGGGGCAGUUGGGAACUAACUACUGUAGUAAUCGUAUCUGUACAGAAUGUUAGUGGGGUUUUUUUUGUGCAUGUAAAUGCACAGUUCAAUUUUCUGUCAGUUUCUUAUUUAAAGAAAUACACGCCGAGAACAUUCAUACUCGGACCCUGAAGGGACUCUGCCCCGUUUGUUGUGAGCGCCUGUCCCUACCUGUUUUCAGUUCCUGUCUUCCUCAGUUGUGAUGUCACAGCACCAGACGUAUGCACAAUAAAAGCUCUCCGAGGCCUUGU